UCCAAAUUCUCUGUUGAUUUCUCAGACUCUUUCAAAUCACAUAGAAAGUGCGAGUCUGACCCACGUACUUUUCAAAUCCGUGGAGCUCAAUAUAUUUAUGGAGCUCCCAUUUCCAACCACCAUCACAGCCGAUGAACAAAGAAUCAAAGAUCCUCAUCUUCUUCCUCCGAUCUCUCUGCUUUUUUGAUUUUUUUAUCAUGAAGCACCAAGAUGGCGGUUACGGGAAAGUCAUUCCAUCGUCGCACUUUCUUACCCAUUCUUUUGCCGCCGCCGGAAAACGCCACUACCGGCGGACUUCGAAUGGUGUAACCAGCUAUCAGAAGUUGGUUCCGCAUCUACACAGAACGGAGUCCGGCCGCGUUGAUUUCUUGGAGAGAUUUUCCCAUUAUGUUGCGAGGCAAUUGGGGAUUUCUGACGCGGAUGAGUGUCCUCAACUAUGUAAGUUAGCAAACAACUAUUUGAGGAAGACGAAGGGGUGCGAGGAAGAAAUUUAUGCCUAUUUUGCGAGUGAAGUCGAGGCAGAAUCUCUGUAUGUGAAGUUAAUGGAGGAGUUUGAUCAAUGCAUCUUGAGUUAUUUCGCAUUCCAUUGGAGCCAAGCUUCCUUGAUGAUUACUCAGGUUUUGGGUGUUGACUCCGAGCACAAAAGGCUCAAAGACCUCGUGGUGGCAGCGACUAGGAAGCAGAGAUUCGAUAGGGUGAGUAAGGAUCUGAAAGUGACUCGGGUCUUCUCUACUUUGGUGGAGGAGAUGAAGAAGAUUGGCUGUGCUCCGUCCAAGGGCGAGUCGAGAUGCUCCCACACGAUACCGCCAGUUCAAAGAGAGAGGAGCCCUGUGCUUCUUCUUAUGGGUGGUGGCAUGGGGGCUGGCAAGAGCACUGUCCUCAAAGACAUCUCGAAAGAGCCUUUUUGGUUGGAAGCAGCAACAAACCCAGUAUUUGUAGAGGCAGAUGCCUUCAAAGAGACUGAUGUUAUCUACAAAGCCAUCAGCUCGAUGGGUUACCACGACGACAUGCUUCAGACUGCCGAAUUGGUACACCAGUCAUCAAUCGACGCUGCAUCUUCCUUGCUGGUCACAGCGUUAAACGAGGGACGGGAUGUGAUCUUGGACAGCACCCUGUCCUGGGAUCCCUACGUCAUGCAAACAAUCGAAAUGGCUCGAAACGUUCACAAGCGUCGAUAUCGAAUGGGAGUUGGGUACAAGGUAGAGAAUGGAAAUAUAACAGAGAAUUACUGGGAACCUGUAAGUGAAGAAGAGGAGGAGGAAUUGCAGGAGGAUGGAGAAAUGAACAAUAGAAUGCCAUAUAGAAUAGAGUUGGUUGGAGUUGUUUGUGAUGCUCAUCUAGCUGUUGUUAGAGGAAUCAGGAGAGCCAUAAUGAUGGGAAGGGCUGUGAGGGUGAAUUCCCAGUUGCAAUCCCACAAGAGAUUUGCCAAUGCUUUUCCAAAAUACUCUGAAGUUGUUGAUAGUGUCAGGCUCUACUCCACAAAUUCCAUUGGCAACCCACCUAAGUUGCUCAUUAGAAAAGACGGCGACGAUGACCCGUCUCAAAUGGUUGACCCGGAAGCACAUGCGUACUUGUCAACGCUGAGCAAUUUGAACGCCGCCGCGGAGUCUGUUUACGAGCUUUACCCGAACCCGAGUCCGUUUGUGGAACCCGAGUCCGUUUGGAAAGAAAUUGGUGUGUCCCCUUCGAGGAUCCAUUCUCAGAAAGAGCUCAGAUCUGCGAUUCAGAAGCUAGAAAGUUCAAGAUCAAUCUUAGAUGAAACUGUACAGUGACAAGAACUUGUAAAUUUCAUGGCGAUUGAGGUGAAGUGUAAAAUUAAUGAUGAUAAAUCUUCACUUUCUUGAAAGAAGGAGCGUUUGCAGUUUUGAAAAAUCUGACGAACGAUACAAUUUUUUUUUUCUUUUUUUGCCUCUCCUUUUUCCACAUUUGCGUAUUGAUUCAUUAGAAGUGUAGAUUCGUUCGUAAGAAUGUUCGAACCAUGUGAGAGAGGCAUUGCUGGCCAUUCCAAAUGAAUAUAUGAUAUCAAACCUUAAGUUCUGGAUUUA